UCUGGGGUACCCCUCCACCGGGCGGGGAAAGUAAGAUUACUGAAACGUUCACUCCCGCGGAUCGGAAGAAUUAAGAGAGUUGAAGGUGUCGUCUUCAAAAUGACAAACAGUCAUUCCCACUAGCGUUGCUUGUUUGUCUGGGUAUCGGGCAUGUCCGGAACAUGCCCUGUGUGAGAAAAUACAUGUGGCUCUAUAUGUCUGUAUUAGCGUGUAGGCUAUAUCUUACAACACUAUUCUAACCACGUGAUUAGGCUACUGUGUCUAAAAACCUUAGCUUCUAGAAUAAUACCAGCAUGAAAUUAAAGAUAAGUGACUGUGAAAGAUGUGUCACAUGAUCAAUGGGUGGUUCAUGACGUACAAAUCCGUGCGACACGGAAUAGUUCACAGUAGCGAAAUAUCAAGUAGCUGUCAAUGUCCAUUUCUCAUGUCAGUCUCUCAGAUUACCCCAUCUCUGUAUCUUGGUGGUGUGGAUGUGGUUCUCAAGCCCACUGCCCUCUCCAGAAGGAACAUAACUCUGAUCAUCAACGCCACCGCAGAGCACUCCUGUCCUCAGUACAAGGGGGUCGAGUGUCUUCAUGUACCCGUCCUGGACCAGCCUCAUGCAUCCCUGGCCUGUCACUUCGAUACCGUUGCAGAACGAAUCCAUAACAACCAGUUGGGUAGCACACUGGUGCACUGCACUGCAGGCCGGAGCCGUUCUCCUACCCUGGUCAUAGCUUACCUGAUGAAGUAUGAGGGGGUUUCGCUGCGGCAGGCGCACGAGUGGGUCCUAAAGUGCAGACCUCACAUCCGACCCAAUGCUGGGUUUUGGAGGCAGCUGAUGGAGUAUGAGAGAAAGCUAUAUGGGAAGAACACUGUGAGAAUGACUGCAACCUCCUGUGGUGUUCUGCCCGAGGCUUUGGAUGGACAAGAGGGGCUGUAUUGUGUUAACGGCUGAUGGUGUGCAUCAUAAAUGGCACCCAAACCAUAUUGCUUACAUUGCAGUGCAGAAAGUAUUUGGACAGUGGAAAAACAGACCUAUGGUCCCUCCACUUUAGGGGACCAAAAGUAAUUGUACAUUUUGCAUUAGCCUAAUCUUAAAUGAAGUCAUCAUAUUUAGUAUGUGGUUGCAAAUCGGUGGUUGCAUUUGAUGACUGCCUGAAGUCUGUGACCCAUGGUGCUCUGCUAGGCCUCUAAUGGAGCCAUAUUAUGUUCCUACAUCAUGGAUUUUUCUUGAUCUGUUUGUCAGUUAAAAAGGGUUUUCUACACUUUUGAAAGCAUUCUUCUGUCAUUCACUCCAUUAGUCUACCAGCUUGUUUACCAUUGCGGAGCUCACCAGUUCGUUCUUGCUUUUUGUAACAAAAAGUUGAUUUUGAUUACAUUAUGUAAAUACCCUUCAAUUAAAGCUGAAAGUCAACACUGGUUCAU